CCUGAUGUGCUCAAUAGAGGACAUCCUGGCCUUUCCAAUGCUAUCUCAUAUGUUUGGGUGGGAUGAGGGGAAGUUUGUUUUCAUGCUGAGACAAAAUGGAGACUGCAGAAAAACGUGCCUGUCAGGAAAAAUUAAAAGAAGGCAGAACCAAGGCAGAGAGAAUUUUGUAUCGAAUGGUUGAGGGAGAUUCAGAUCUGGAACUGUCAGAUGAGGAAAAUGCUGAGGAUGAGGUUGCUCCUGCUGAAGAAGAGAGAGAAAGCUCAGAAGAUGAGUCAGGAGGCUCAUCAGAUGAGCUGACAGACACAGAUGACAGGAAAACCGUCGUCCUCUGUGGGCCAAGACCAGCAUAUUUAAACCUGUGCUGCCCAGGCCUCCUGACUGUCAAGAGGACCCCACCAUUCGUAGAAACUGGAGUCCUAUUCAGUACUUUUCACAGUACAUUGACAACAAAGUCUUUGAAGACUUGGCAGCAUUUACAAAUCAGAGAGAGCUACAGACAAAGGGUAUCUUCUUCAACACCACCGCUGAAGAAAUGAGGAUCUUCUUUGGCAUUUCAAUCCACAUGGCCUGCCUUGGCUUUCCCAGAAUCAAAAUGUUUUGGGCCAGCAAAACCAAAGUGCCAAUAAUAAGCCAGAAAAUGACAAGGAAUAGGUUCUUCAAGUUAAGAAACUCACUGAAAAUUGUCAAUGACCUGGAUGUAACAGAGGAAACAAAGAAGAAAGACAUUCUUUGGAGAGUCAGGCCACUUCUGGACAGAGUAAGGCGAGGCUGCCUUGGCCUCCCGAAACCAGGAAGAGUCUGCAUCGAUGAGCAGAUGAUCCCUUUUACGGGCCGUUGUCCCAUCAGGCAGUUUGUUCCAGGCAAGCCAUACCCUACUGGUUUAAAGGUUUUUGUACUUGCUUCUCCAGAUGGUCUGAUGCUGGACUUUGAAGUAUAUCAAGGGAAGGAUACAUUUGCUGAUCGAAGGAUGGGAAUUGGGGCAGCAGCAGUCCUACGCAUGGUUGAAACUGUUCCCAAAGGAAGUCACCUGUACUUCGACCGCUACUUCACAUCAGUUAACCUCAUGGAUAAAUUGCUGGCCAAGGGCCUUCCAGCAACUGGAACCAUAACAAAAAACCGUCUCCCAAAGACGUGCCAGUUGCCUGAUGACAAACAACUGAAAAGAGAAGGGAGGGGAGCGUCAGUGAUGGUAGUCAGGAGAAGUCCUGAGUUGGCCAUCACAAAAUGGUAUGACAACAAGCCUGUGCUGAUGGCUUCUACUGCACAUGGAAAAGAUCCUGAAGAUGUCUGCACCAGAUGGUCGAAUAAAGACAAAGUCCAGGUCCAAGUGAGAAGACCCUCAGUCAUUAGAGAGUACAAUGUCAACAUGGGUGGUGUGGACCUCUGUGACCGCAUGCUGAGCUUCUAUCACAUGGCAAGCAGAACCAAGAAAUGGACUAUGCGUGUGAUUGCUCAUUUCUUUGAUGUUGCCAUCACAAAUUCCUGGAUCCAGUACAAGUCUGACAGCAUAGCGCUUAAACGAUCAGCAAAAAACACUGAACAGUUCUUGGACUUCAAACUGCAUUUGGCAAAUGAGCUGAUGAACUACCUAGAACCUGAGGACACUGACAAAAGAGUAGACGACAGUGAGGAGAGCGAAGAAGAGUACGAGCCACCCUUUAAAAAGAGGAUUCCACAACCAGAAGCAUCGUUAAGAAAAUGUGGGGCCAGACACAUGCCAGAGAUGGUAGACUGCAACCAUGCAGAGAGGUGCCGAAACCAAGGUUGCAUGGGCAAAACAUAUAUGAGAUGCAUCAGUUGCAAGAUGUUCCUCUGCAUAACAAAGAAGAGAAACUGUUUCCUGGAGUACCAUCGCUAAGAAUUAAAGAAGAACAAGGAAGAGUAGGAGGAAAACAAUGAAGAGGAGGAGGAGCUAACAGAUUCAAACUUGAGCUACCCAGGCCCUCCUGACUGUUGAGAGUUUAAUUUAUGUUCAGUUUAAUUUAAAAAGUUUUAUUACAAAAUGGAUUGGCUUUCUUCUUUUCUUUCAGCCCAUUUUGAUUCUGAAGUGUCGCUGUUAUUGUCGCUGUUAUUUUAUACAGUAAAAUCGUUCUGUUGUAUACUAC